AUGGUCGAACUUACCGUCGCACACGUUUCGGGUAUCAUCGCUGCCGUUGUCUUUAUAGCACGGCUAUGGAGUCCCAAUACCAUCACCCUGAUCAUCGCGGGGAUUGUCGGAGACCACAAUAGCGCUUCCACCUGGACAGUGUCUGGGCGGGUGUUCCAACAGUCUCUCUGGCCGGAUCUGCUGCAGACAGACAGUGCCCGCUCGUACGGCGCUCGAGGCGAUGUAACGAAUUUGUCGCGGCUGAUCACGGGCAUGGCGCUGCUGAUAUCGAUCGCUGGUAUCGUUACCCCGUUGGGACUGUAUGAAGCUGUUGUUCCUGGACCGCGAACGCAGGCCUCGUUUCAGUAUAUGCCCGAUGCAUCGCCCUUUGGAUAUGGUACCCCCCCUCGCAGCAGCCUGCCUUUCUCCCGGAUCUGCCAGAGCUCGAUCUACACGGCCUGCCCCUUCUCCGACACGGUGAUGGAGAUGACCGAACAGGAUGGACGUGUCAAGGCCCAGUAUCCCUACAAGUACAAUACCUCCAUUCCAUCGGUCGUCUCCGACAUCUAUUCUAGCGGGACAGACAGCCACACCACCGUGUCCAACUUUUUCGAUAUCCAAUGGAGACGGUAUGCCACACAGACCAGUCCGAACGGAUUCUUCAACAACGGAUCCUCCUACCUGGUGGGUGACUUUCGUCCGUUGCAGAGUAUCCUCUUGAACAACGCCAUCGAGCCCGUGGAGGGUCUCAUCGUCGACAGUGUCAACGGGGGCAUCGGCUUCCGCAAUCAUACCGUGCCGCCUGGUUUCCCCUUGGGCGUGGAAUGGACGGAAGAUCUGCUGUUCAUCGAGCCGGAAACCGAAUGCGUAGACACCAAUCUCACCAUCGACUUCUCCAUCAGCUUGAGCCAGAACAGCUCCGUCUUCGUCGACAAUGUGGUCCUGACGGAUCGGGGAGGGUUUGCCAACCUGAACCACACCUUUUGGACCCCGGAUCAAGGGGAUCCCCAGGCCAACGCGCACUUGAGGGACCGCGCAUACACGGCCGCCAUGGUCAGUAAUAGCUAUACGAUGUUUUUCUACAAUGUAUCCAACCCCGCACACCAGCCUGAAAAAGGGAUGGAGGCCUUUGCCUACGUGGACUCGCACAUCGGCAAGACAUUCCCCGUGCAGCCUUUGACCGGGUCAUCCGUCUCGAGUGCCUAUGACGCGCUCUCGAUUGACAUGACGUUUGAGAACUAUUUCGACUCGAUCCUGAACAACUCAUAUGAUAUACCUGGGAUUCCCAAGAGCACAGCAUCGAAUCCGUUCAAGAUCGAUCCGACAUGGUGGGGUGAUAUCAGCGAUAUGUGCCAAAAGUACCUCGGAGAUGCCGACACCAAUAUCAACAAUAUACUAAUUUCAUGUGGAUACAUGUAUGGUGCUCCGCAGCGACGAGACGGCGGAUCUCCCACCGUGUUUGAUAGUGGAAGCCAAUGGUCCAAGCCGCUGCAUGUGUGCGCAACCGCCACCAAAGCCGUGAUCAAGACCGCCACGCUCAACUACAAUGGCACCAAAGGGCUGAAAAGCCUGACGGUCAGCGACCUCCACGACAAGAUCUAUUCCAGCCCGGCGGAAUGGCCUCUCUGGGGCGUCGAAGAUGUGGGCAACAUCUCCACCUCCAUCGGGUCAGCUCCCGUCUGGGGUCUCAUCUCCGCCGACAACCAGGCCCACCCGAAUGUCUCUGCAGUCCGGCAAGAGUCGCUCUAUCUUACUGGUCGACAUGGCGCUUUAGACAGCGUAUUCAUGGCCCAGCAAACCGAUAACCUCCCUGCGGCUGAGUUCUUGAAUCUGGCCAUGUCUGGUGCAUAUGGCGUGGGUUACUUUCCAUCCACUGGGGCGAGUGAAUCAUCACCCCUCGUCGACUAUAGCGGUAGCACGCAGAUGGCCAUGUGGGCUCGCUGGCAGAGUCUGUCUGAAUCCGCGCUCUCGGCAUCCAAAAUCAUUAAUCUGAUCUGGACGGACUUUGCUGCGUCAGCGGUGGUGGGCAGAAAGGGCGUUCUGGGGCCGGGCAACACGGCGACAACCAACACCAUCGCCGUCGUGCCAUUUGAGCGGCGUGUUCAAUACAAUCUCCCCUAUGCCAUUCCAGCCAUCAUAACGGGUGUCUUCCUCCUGGCCAUCUCCGUGGCCGCAGUGGUAAUUUGCGUCAUUGCCCGAGUAUCCAUCGCGCUCAUCCGGAAGCAAAUGAAUCGAGCAUCCAGUGGUCGGAUUCUUACCACUUUCAUGUAUCCCGGCGAGAGCGAAAUGGACACUGCCAGUAAAGAUUGGAGCAACAAGAUGGGCAAAACAAUGAUUGCCCUUCCGGAAGAAGCAGUGGCCACGACAGAGCUGAGCCAUAAUGUGAAAACGCCAGAUCCACAUCCGGUGGAGGACCCAUAUGCAGAGGAAAGCGAGCUCCUCGCAACGCCGCAGAAGAUCGGUCCCUGA